CUCCAUCAUUUUUUCUUUCUUUGCUUUUAGCCCACAACCCAAUUUGUCAACAAUGAAGAGAGAGGGUCGCCAGCAUGGGAUGGUCCGGACACACCGGAUCCUACCGGAGCCGUUGAACCUGAGACCGGCAACCCGACACGUCAACAAGUUUGAGUCUCCGCCCACGGCCGGAUUGUUCACCAAGGUGCCAACCAAGCCCACCAACCACUCCAAGUUCACCGGCAAGUGCAGCAAGCCCAAGUGCACCGAGUGUCACAUUCACCCGGCUUCCAAGGCCAAGGACAAGACCAAGGGCAACCGAAAGCUCAAGUCAUCCAACGUCGUUUCCAAUCAUCGGUUGGUCACUUGGCGGGUCGUGGACGGGCAACCCGGCUUGAAUAGUCAAUUGGGUUUGUCCGCCACGGGGAUGUUGGAUCGUCUCUCUAGGGAUUAUGAGAAUGAGUAUGAUGAUGGUGACGAUGAUCAUGAAAUCAAUGGUUCUGCAAUUGGAUAUUAUGAUAGAGAUGAUGAUCGGAAGGUGGAAAAUAAUGUUGAUGAUGUUGAGCAUCGUGGUGAUGAUGAAGAGAUGGGUUUCUCUAAUGUGGAUUGUGUGAUUGAUCAUCAAAUCGAGGAAGAUGAUGGUUGGUGUUUAGUACCACAAACGUGAUUUGUGGUUUAAUUAUUGUUUAUUAUCUUUUAAUUAUUGUUUCUUAUUAAAUCAUUGAUGUACGAGUUAUUGAUAAUGAUGAAAAUUGUAUUUCUUAA